AUAACCCAGGCGGGCUGCUAGUGUACAGGGCGGCGGGUUCGUGGCGUGGCCUCCCCGACCGAUGACCUUGGUCCCCCUGAGGUCAGCCUGGGGUUCCUAUCGGGAGCUGGGCGUGCUGCGGACAGAGCCUGGCGCACGCAGGCUGGGGGUGUGGAGUACUCUGAAGAGCCUACUACUACAGUAGGGUAGUGCAUGUGGCCCGAUGGCCCCAACCCGGCUGCUGCUUCCGGCUGCCUGGCUAGCAGUGGGCUGGGGCAACCCAAGUGAUGAAAUGCUGAGCUGGGAGGAUCCUUCCCUGCGGGGGCGCGGACAGCCUCUUGGUAGACACAUUGGCAAGUGAUUGCUCGCUCCCUGCUGAAAUUCAGAUUCUGUUUCUGCCCACCCCGUGAGUCUGGACAGGGGGAGGCUGAGUAAGGUCGCAGACUGGUUGGUGCCCAGGAGGCUGAGGCACACUACGGGUCUGAUCACUCCUGGGGUGGCUUAUAAUCUCUAGGAUGGGUCUGGAAUCCCAGCCCUACACCUCCAGCACCUUUGCUUCUAUUCCGAAGAGAUCGCACAGUUUGCUGAGUUUGGAAGCAACCUGUUAGAAGAACUGUAGCCUUGUCAUCUUCCCAGAGCUUCUCCUGUGAGGUUUUGGGAUUUGAGGUUGAUGCCGUGAACUCUGUGCAGUUUUCAAACCAUGCAGGCUAUGCCCACUGGAAGGGCCAGGUGCUGACGUCCCAGGAGCUGCAUGCGCUGUACGAAGGUCUCAAGGCAAACAACGUCAACAAGUAUGACUACGUGCUCACUGGUUAUACAAGAGACAAGUCCUUCCUGACCAUGGUGGUGGACAUCGUGAAGGAGCUGAAGCAACAGAACUCCAAGCUCAUGUACGUGUGUGACCCUGUGAUGGGCGACAAGAGGAAUGGAGAAGGCUCCAUGUACGUUCCCCAGGACCUGCUUCCCGUGUACAGGGAGAAAGUGGUACCCAUGGCCGACAUCAUCACUCCCAACCAGUUUGAGGCUGAGUUGCUGAGUGGCAGAAAAAUCCACAGCCAAGAAGAAGCAUUUGCGGUGAUGGAUGUGUUGCACCGCAUGGGUCCUGACACUGUGGUCAUCACCAGCUCUGACCUGCCCUCCCCAAAGGGCAGCGACUACCUGAUGGCGCUGGGAAGCCAGAGGAUGAGGAAGCCUGACGGCUCCACAGUGACCCAGCGCAUCCGGAUGGAGAUGCGCAAGUUGGACGCCGUCUUCGUGGGCACCGGGGACCUCUUCGCUGCCAUGCUUCUGGCGUGGACACACAAACACCCAGACAACCUCAAGGUGGCCUGUGAGAAAACGGUGUCUGCCAUGCAGCAUGUCCUGCAGAGGACCAUCCGGUGUGCAAAAGCCGAAGCAGGAGAAGGACAGAAGCCUAGCCCGGCUCAGCUGGAGCUGAGAAUGGUGCAGAGCAGGAAGGACAUCGAGGACCCCGAGAUCGUCGUGCAGGCCACGGUGCUGUGAGGGCCGUGCACACUCACCCUGACACACACCGAGCUGAGGUGUCCGUCUCCAUCCCUGUGAAAAGCUGUAAAGUCUGCCUUAGAGCCAUGAUGAAACUUGACAUUGUGUUCCUCCCUGAGAGUCGGGUCUCAGACCGUCUCUGUCCUGAAAAUGUGCCAACGCGCUAUUUUUUUAAAAAAUGACAAAGGUGUCAUCGAAAUGUGUGAUUCAGACCCAUGGCCCCUUCCCUAAAGGCUCUGGGCCUCUGACUGCCUCAUGUUGACUCAUGGGUAUGUGGAAGGUAGGUGGAGGAGGGGAGCCUGCUGCCUCUGGACCCUUCUGUAGGCUACUGACUGCCAUUGCCCUUGUGGAUACACAAUCCCUGAUUGUGCAAAGACUCUGCCUGUGUGGGCACUGACUCUAAAAUUGGGUUAGGUCUUCACCGUUGGCAUCGGGAGAAUUAGGCCAAAUAUCUUCAUCGCCAUUCUGGUCUUUCCCUUGUUCCUGCAUUAGUUUCUCUGUGUCUCUGCUGCCCUUCGGGUGUCCCCGAAUGUCACUUAUGCAGCUGUGGGACUGUGUGGGAAGCUUUCAUGGCCCCAUGUGUGGCUACGUAGGCUCACAGGCACGUGGUGACUGUGACAGGGACCUUUUAAUGUAGCAGAACAUUCCCGGGGAUCUGCGAGCUUCCCAGGUAUCUGCAGGGCCUCCUGGAACUCGGGAGCAAACUCUAGGAAACGGACCAACAUGGGGUUGAGCCGCUGAGCCCCGGGCGGCUUGGAGGUUGAGGGAAGUUUGCCACACUGGGCUCUUGUGGGCACUCACCCAGCCCUGCAGGACUGUCAGCUGGCAGUGUCCCUGCCACAUGCUGCUGGGGACAGUGCAUUGUUGCACAGGGGUUUGCACAGACAGGGAAGGAGAGGCAGAGAUGGCCCCUGCCCCUGGUGGCAUAGUUAAAAUCUGAUCUCCCUCCCUCCCCCUCACUCCCAUUUCUGUGCCCCGCUUAUGCUGAGGGCCAAGAGGGCCUUAUGUGAAGCCAGCUGGCUCCCUGCCUCCUUGGAGGUUCUGCUCCUGUUCAGAGCAUAGGGUAUUGUGCGUGCAGAGGCAGCUCUUGGUUCCCAGACGUAGACUGUGACAUUUUCUGUUUCCUCGUGCUCAAGGGUGAAUUUCCUGGCUCUAUUCCCUGGAGUAUAGGGUCCCUAGUCAUGGCUGUGACUUUGAGCAUUCCAUCCAUGACUUUCAUGAUCUUUCGGUCCACACCCACAUCCCUGCACCUCAGCCCUUGAGACAUGUAUCUUCUGGGAAGCCACAGCCUAAGGAGAACUGGGCGGCAGGAGGAGGUGGAGAGGACAUUGUGCCCUCCCCUAGAAGCAUAGGGUCUCAUGGACCUCUGAGUGUCAGGCUGCCACACCCCUUCCCCUAUUAAAGUGCCCCAGGUAGAGGAGAUGCUGGUCCAGGUGGACCUGAACCAGCUCCAUAAUGUGAGCUCCCCAUGUUUCUAGUCCCAGGCUGUGAGACGGAUCAGCAGGUGAAGGUGCCUGUGGAUACAAUAAGCCUUACAACUUUGAAGGUAGCAGGGAACUGGUUUCUAUAAAUUUCUCUCUCUCUCUCUCUCUCUCUCUCUCUCUCUCUCUCUGACACACACGUAUUUUAAAUGUAAUUUUAUUCAAUUAAUCAAUUUAAUUCAAAUGUGAUUGAAAAAAUGACCUUGAGCAAUAGUACCCCAGUACUGCCAUGUGUCCAAGGCUGGUUCCAAGGUGACUCCUCUGAUCCCCAAGAGAAAGGAAACCAGAGGCAGUAUCUUAAACGUGAGGACCAGCCUCAUUGCCUCAAGGCUUAACAGAAAAAGCCCAUCACUGCCUCACAGAGAGCAGAGAGCACCACCUUGCCAGCAUGUCAGGAAACUUCCCUUUUCUUCGCAAAUGUUGAGAUGGGACUGGAGGUGGCUCAGCUGGCAAAGUGGUUGCUACCCAAACACAAGGACCUGAGUUCAAACCCCACCAGGUGUGGCUGUGCGGGGCAGUAGGGAGGAGGAAACAGGAGUCACCUGCCAGCGAGUGCAUUCGUAUUGGUGAUCUGAGUUUCGAUGAGGAGAGACCUAGUCUCAAGACAAUAAGAGGAGAGCAAUUUGAAAAAUAAGGCAUCACACAGGUUAAGGGCAGGCAUGGGGCUGGGGAUAGCCUGUGUGAGACACAGUGGAACAACUGCUCCAUUGGAACAAUUGUUCCUCUGGGACAAUGGAACUCUGUGUGGCAGUUUUAUGUGUACCGGUCUAAAUGUGCAACCACACCAGGAAAAGCUUAGCCCUUUUGCUGUAGCCCAGCCGAUGUGGGUGGGGAGGACCCUUUCUUGCUAACAUAGCCCGGUGAGUUCUAUGCACCCACCCCCUAUGAGAAUUUCCUCUAAAACCCUGGACUUUGGUUAAGUCUCACUUUUCCUAUCUGCUUUGGAGAUAACAGGACAGAUACAGGCUUUGAGUGGCAAAGGCAUGUGACAAAAGGAAGAUACUCAUGCUUUGAACCUGAGCACAGGCCCUGGGCAGAAGUAAGGCUCCAAUGUACUGUCCAUUGCUGUGCCAGCAAACAGGCACAGGGUCUGGCUCCCUCGUAUCCAAAUCACAACUGGCUUUGACUUUCCCUUUCCAGAGCUUAGUAAUGAAAUAACGUGUUGCCCGCUCCCUGUUGGGGGACUUUGAUUUUGUGUCAAAACAUCUCCUUCAACCUGCUGGACAGGGAUUCCCACAUAUGAUUCUAUUUACAUCACUGCCUGCUCCUGGUAGGUAUUCCUGGGCCUCUUACUUUCACAGUAUAUUCGUGAUUGUAAAAAUGACACUGUCCUUUUCUUUAACUUGCGAGAGCCCACUUUGAUUGAUUUUGCAGUGGGAGAGGUCUGGGCUUUGCUGUGCUGUAGUGGGAAUUUGAAAGGAGGGGACUGUGUGCCCCACAGGCUGUUAGAGGUCAGGCUGUCUCAUGUCCUUGUUGAGGAUGCAGGGCCCCUGGAAGGAGGGGGGUUGGCCACAGCAUUGCUGAGGCCCUCGCUGUGUUCCAGGGCAGCUCCAGGACACCGUUCCCAGCUCCCAUUGCUUCAGACCUUACACUGUAGAGUGAAGGAGAAGAGAAGUGAAUGUAUUUUGUCUUUGAUCUCUGUUUCUUUGCGGCCCUUUGGGGGAUUACUCACUUGUGGUAUCAGUCCAUAUUUACGUAGUUCUCAGGUGUCCAGUGACCACAGGCUGAACUAACCACGGCUGGCACUGCCCCUCCAUGAGCCUUUCUUCUGGGGCAGGGUAUACACCUGGACCAGAGGGCACUGGAGUUUGAGUGGACAGGUACAGACCCAGGCUUUGUGGAUGUGCCCUCUAGUGGGUGCCACAGCCCAGUGCCCCCUUUUAUCGCUGCCAACUGGAGCACCUCCCUUCCAGGCAUCCACGCAGCUACCUGCACUGAGAGCCUUUGGAAAUUCGGUCUGCCCAUGUGAGGGAGGGUGCUGACCACAGGAGCCACCAGUGGAUGCUAAGAAAGGGCGUCCCCACCCACAAGGGGCAGUUCUGGGAGGUCAGGUGCAGUGUAAGGGUAGAAUGGAAUUGUGGAUUCUGUAGGGAAAGCAGAGUUAGUAAAGGCUUGAAUUUGGGCCUAGCAGGUCUGACUGAAUGUCACUCCCCGGUCCCCUGCAUGUUGGAGAGGCGUCCUGGAAUGGAGGUGCAGCUGGACAUGCAUAUGCCAGUCCCGUUGCUUUUCCACACUUUCUGUGACAGCUGUAGAUGGCUGGCAGGUUCCAGUCCUGUGGAAGCAGAGAAGAGAGGUUUCUCCUCUCUUCCAGUUGUGUUCUCAGCAUCGACCAGUAGGUGGCGCAGUGGAGCUGGAGCACUGUCAGGCCCAGGCAGAUGCUGGUACCAGCAGAUUCAACAGGAAUCAUCCUGCUAGAUUUGGCUGGUUUUUACUGUGUAAAACUUCAUGUUAGGACUCAAAUUUGGCAUUGUGUAACACCUCACAGCAAGUGGGAGCUCAGUGUGUCCCCAGUCCUGCCUGACAUCCCAGGAAGCCAUUACUUGGUCAGCAUGGCCAGAAAUGACAGUUUAUGAAUAUCAGUGCAUUUUGGGAUGUGUGUUUCUUUGUUGAGUCUGGUUUUUUCUUGUUGCAGAAAAGACAAUGAUUAAUUUAGACUAAUGUCUUAUAUGUCAUAGUUUCACAUCCCUGCACUCUAGUGGGUUUAGUUGCUUAAAACCAGAAUUGAAUGAGUAAUUUUAAUAUUUAAAUUUAACAGUAUAUAAAACUUUUGUACUUGGACUUUUUUUUUUUUUUGCCUGAUAUGGUGGCACAUACCUACAGUCUGGUACCAUAGAGGCUGAGGCAGGAGGCUAGUGACUUUAAAGUCACACUAUGCUAUGUAGGAAGACUCUGUCUUUAAGCACAUACAAGGUUAUCCCUAAGUUGUUUUCUUUUUUAAUUUCCGGUGGAAUAAACACAAUUUAAAGAUUACCCACUAUUGAGCCAGGCAGAGAAUGUCCUCAGAGCCGGAGUCUGCAUCUCCCUUGUAUUCCCUUCCCUGCCUGUGUCAGCUCCCCUGUGCCAGCAUCUCCUCAUUCCUUCCCUGACCCCCUGCCCAGCAGUUUCUGGUCUUUGUGCAAUAAGAUACACAUUCCAGGUGGAAAAGGUCUCCCUGAGGCCAUGGGAACUCCACCCUGCCCUGGUCAUCUCUUGAAUAGCCAGCUAGGGCUGCCUCUGCCCUGAAGCUACAGAUGUGUGGAAACAGGAGAGAGCUUGCCACUCAGACUUCCAUGUUUGGAGGCUCCCAGAAGGCUUUGGGGUAUAACCAUGGCCAUACCUCACUGCCCAUCCUAUAGAGCCAGGAGGCCCAAAAAGGCAGGCUGAGAUGUUGGAUAAAACCAUGUCUGCACCUCACUGCCUUGCAGGGCUAUGCACAUUCCCACAUGCAGGCAGGUGGAGGUGCGUUCAACCUUAGUGUGAACUGGGCUGGUGUUCUGGAAGCCUCAGAGCUACACUGUCACAGAGGAAGUGGUUCAUGCUUGACAGGAGGGUGUGUCCUGGGGGUGACAGGAGACAGUAGAGGAUGCAGAGGCUUAGCACGUCCUUCCCCCUCAUAACUCAAGGAGCAGGAAGGCAAAAGCAACGUUCCCUCAAAGCUCAGGCCCAAGUGAUUCCCACAAAACACCCAAGACCUUUUUUUUUUUUUUCUUUUUGGAUGAUGGGUGUGUGAAUGGUGUGAAUGGUGAAUUCUUCAUGAAUAAAGCUCUUGAAAAAUGUGGCAUGGGCGACAUCACGAAUGCUCUAGUUCAUAGCUGCCCACUCUUGACACUAUGUCACAAUUUCACCAUAUGUUUCAAACCUGGACCAAUUGUCAAAUGGGCUGCACUGUGGGGCUGGCCCGAUCCUGCUAGUCCUUCCCAGAGACCUCACCUCUCCGGAGGCCCCUGGUCUUUAGAGCAAAGCACAGUUGACCCCACAAUCCCUGCUGUGCAGAAGGGGUGUGCUCUGGACUCAGGUGGUCUCCAGACCAACCUCCCCUCCCCCAGCCCUGUGUGCUGUCCCCUGUCAGUGUUUGUGGACAUGAGCACUGUGUAGCUGUGUCUGUUCUGUGCUGGUCUGUUGACUUCUAUGACUACCCACAAAUAAAUAUUUUCACUGCA